AUGACCCCAAUCACCUUGGAACUAGGGAUCCAGGGCAGGCAUUUCUCUUGGUUGGUGUUGAGAUUCUCAUGGAAUUUUCUUCCUGUCCCCCAGGUGAAGAUGACAUUUUUGCUGAUCACCGUGACUUACCUUUGCGCUUACACAUUGAUGGACUCAAUCGAUGCUGUGAAUUGUCAGCCAGUGCUGGACAUGGCAUGCAAUGCUUUUGAUGACCAGUAUAUCGGCUGCACAGAGGACAUGGAAAAUAUAAUCAAGUCUAAACUGCUGCAGCAAGAGAAAUCAAUGCACAAGGUGUUUAACAAAAGCUGGGAAGCUGCGAAAAAACAAUGGAAUAAGAUUAAGAAAAACCUCUCUCUUCCUAUAGGGUUUAAGGAUGAGAAUGGAAUAGCAAUCCUGGCCUAUACCAGAGGAGAUAAGAUACCUUUGUACCCGGAAUUCAACAAAGCUGUGAGAGAGGCUGGUAAAUCCCGAGCUUAUUAUCUCAAACAUUUCCCAUUCAAAGCCCUUCAUUUUUAUUUGACCAGAGCAUUGCAGCUCCUGAAGAGAGACUGUGCUGAGAUGUACGAGACGGAGGUGUACCGGGGAGUCAGUUCUCUCCACUUCGAACCCAAUAAGAGAGGUAACAUGAGCCGGUUUGGGACAUUUACCUCUUCAUCUUUAAACAGGAGCGUAGCUCAGACAUUUGGCUUGGACACAUUCUUCACCAUCCGGACCUGCUUCGGGGUCCGUGUUAAAAACAUCUCUUAUUUCCAAGACGAGGCAGAAGUGCUGAUUCCAGUCAAUGAGAUAUUUAGGGUGUCCAACUUCACCAAGGACAAGAACAGCAACAUGUUUGUCCUCCACAGCACAAAUCAGACCUUCAGCCGCUACAACUGCGCCUACAUAGGAAAGAAAGGGCGACGGUGUCCCUAGCGCUCUGAAGGAUUUCACGCAGAAUCUGACAUCCGGAGCACGGCCUGGAUAUGCUGAAGCAGAAACCACGUGAAAUGUUUGCUUUGCUCUUCUUCGGUCCCUUGUGCAGCCCACUUAUGUUCCAAGAUGCUAUUAAACAGCCAGUGCUUGAUGGGUAGUAAGCUGACCCUCCCCAGCUUGGCAGCCUGCCAAUGAUUUGUCAACAGAUCACCACUAGAGGGCAUGGGAAAUCUUCCGCUGGAUUUGCUUGCUGCAUUUACAGACAAAGCCUCCUACUUGGCGGUAUUUACUAUGCGUCCAUCCCAUGUUAUAGUUAACUCUGAACCCUGCUUUGUGUCAUCUGGGCUACAGACAUGAGCAGCUGCUGUGCUGAGCUGAUGAUU